AUGCUCUCAUCUGAGCUGGAAUCGCUCCGUUCCGUUCUAAACAGCGAGCAGCAGCGAAUGAGAAUCGUGGAGCAGCAAAGGGAUGAGGCGUUGGAGGGAGCGAGAGAAGCAGAAGUAGCGCUAGGCAUGGCUGAGCGGAAGCUCCAGGAACAGCAUCAGCAGAUUCUGAAAAUGCAAGCCGGAGGUGAUGCAGAAGGAGGCUGGCGAAUCAAAGGGCUUGUUCCUGCAUCACAGAUAGACGAGGCUCAGAAGCUAAUGGGGGAUCAGCUCAGAGAAAUUUCGGCGCUGAAAGGUCAGCUCAAGUCCGUCAAGGCUUCCUUUGAAGCUCAAGCUUUGCAGCUGAAGUCUGUGGAAGGCGAGCUGGCAGAUCAUACUGACAAGGUCAGCCAGACGAAUGAAGCGCUGACAGCGGCUGAGGCUGAAAAUAACCGUUUAUCGAUGGAGAGAAACGAGCUAAAGGAUGAGGUAGGCCGAUUGCAAGCAGAGAUUGUGGACCUGACUGGCUUGAAGACUGCUGGCGAGGAAAGGGAGAGGAAAAGCGAAGAGGUGAUUGAAGAUUUGCAGUCACGGUUUGUGGAGAUGGAGAGACAGAAGGAUGAGGCUGUGAAAGAGAUAGAGAAGGUGUUAGGAGCAGUGAUCUCAGAGGUCCAAGAAGAGAAGGAGAAAGUCGGCGUGGAGCUGGCAGAAUCUAGAAAUAAGGCUGAAGAAUUGGGGAAGUGGGUAUCAGAGUUAAAAGAGAUGAUUCAGGAGAUGCAGUCGAAGAUUGAAGAGAUGGAGGGAGCUGCGAAUAUGCGGGAUGCUGAGAUCCACGCCUUGAGACAACAAUUGCAGGCCGAAGAGCAAGAGGUGAUGGUGAAGGAGAAGCAGAUUGCAAAACUGACUGCUGACACUAAGACACUGAAUGAGUUGAUGACCAAGGCAAUGGAGAGCAGGCAAGGCAUGGAAGUUCACCUGGAGGCGAAGGGGAGGGAGGUGGAGGAAAUAAGAGGCGGAUUGAGGCAGGCCGAAGCAAAGGUUGCAGCGCUGGAGAGGGAGCUGUCAUGGAAGGAUGGCAGGCUCAAGGCCGUGGAGGAAGAUGCUCAGGCGAAGCAGCUGCAGGUAAAGCGAUUGGAGGGCCAACUGGUGGAGGUGCAGCAACAGGUGGGGGUGGUGCAGCGUGAGAAGGAGGCUUGGAUGGGCCGGUUCUGGGCACUGGAGCAGGAGAAGACAUCAUUGGAUGCAGAGUUGUAUGAGCUGAGUCACCUGAUGCUGAUGAAGGAGAGGGAGGUGCAGGCAUUGCAAGCUGCUCAGGGCUACGGGCUGGAUUCUGACUGA